UGACUUGCUUGGUUCGUGUAGUAGCUUGCAGGUCAAUCGGGGUCUUGGCUUUAAUAAUGUGUGGUCUUAAAUUAUGUUACGUUGCAAUUAUAUCGAAAGGUAGAUUGAGCAAACCUUGAGUUGAAUAAAUAGUUGAAUAUAUGAACAAUUAUUUCAUUCAUUCAUUCAUUCACAAAUAUAACUCCCAUUACCUCACGCGCUGUUUUUCUCCAAAAUGAAAACUAUUCCACCCAUUUCUUCAUCUUGGCCUUUUCUCUUUCUCGUAAUUGUAUGGCUAUGCACUUGGUGCUGUACACCGUAUGUUUCCAGUCAAUGUCUCGACGACCAAAGAUCUUUACUCCUUCAGUUCAAGAACAAUCUUACUUUUGGUUCCAUCACUUUAGAGGAGUCAAUGGGGUGGAAUCAAAGCACAGAUUGUUGCCAGUGGAGCGGCAUCACCUGCGACCACUCCACUGGCCGAGUCAUUGGCCUUGCUGUGAUGAACACGAAAAUCACUGGCAGCAUCAACAACUCGUGUAGUUUGUUUCAUCUUCAGUUCCUCAAAAGUCUGAAUUUGCAAUAUAACCAUAAUUUGCAAGGUGAAAUUUUGUCAGCAAUUGGCAAUCUACAGUCUCUUGAGGAAUUAAAUCUCCAAUAUGCGAACUUUUCUGGAGUCAUACCAAGUUCCAUCAGCAACCUCAAGAAGCUUCGUUCAAUUUACCUCACUAAGAACCACUUUUCUGGAGUCAUACCAAGUUCCAUCAGCAACCUCAAGAAGCUUCGUUCAAUUUACCUCUCUAAGAACCACUUUUCUGGAGUCAUACCAAGUUCCAUCAGCAACCUCAAGAAGCUUCGUUCAAUUUACCUCUCUAAGAACCACUUUUCUGGAGUCAUACCAAGUUCCAUCAGCAACCUCAAGAAGCUUCGUAUAAUUGAUCUCUCUAACAACACCUUUUCUGGUCCCAUCCCAUCAUUUUCGUCAAUGAAAAAUCUAGAAUAUUUAGAUCUUAGUCACAACAAUUUAAAUGGUUCUAUCAAUGCCACAGAGUGGGAUAAAUUACUCAGUUUAGAAUGGCUUGAUUUGUCAUAUAAUUCACUGGAUGGAAGUAUUCCUACCUCUUUAUUCAGUUUGCCAUUACUAAAAUACAUCGAUCUGAGUGGAAACAAAUUUAGUGGCCAACUGAAUGAAUUUGCAAGUAUAGCUUCUUCCCAGCUAUAUUCUCUUGUCUUGAGCAACAAUAAUUUGGAAGGGCCAAUCCCAAAUUCAAUUUUCGAAUUAAAAAACCUUUCCGAGCUGGAUCUAUCUUCAAAUAGGCUCAAUGGCACACUAGACCUGGGUAAUGAUAUUCUACAUAGCUUCAAGAAUCUCAGGUAUCUUGAUCUUUCAAAAAACCGAUUGUCAAUUACUACCAAUGGUGGCGGAGAAAACUCCUCUUUUCCUCAGCUAUGCAUUUUAAAUCUAGCUUCUUGCAACUUGUUUACCAUCCCAAAAUUUUUAAAAAAUCAAACAUCAUUACAAAAUCUUGACCUUUCAAUGAAUCACAUCACAGGCACAAUGCCUGGGUGGAUGUGGCAAGUUCCUCAACUCAACCUUUCUUUCAACCACUUAGAGGAACUAGAAAUACCUUCGACAUUGUCUAACUAUGACUGCGAUGAACAGUUAUUACACUACUUUAUAGAUAAAUAUUUGGAUUUUUCCAACAACAAUUUUAGUUCCAUUGACCCUAACAUUGGCAACCAUUUAUCAUCAACAAAAGCUUACUACCUGUCAUUUUCGAGAAAUAACUUUCAUGGGAUUAUCCCUACGUCACUAUGCAAUGCCACGAAUCUAGAGGUUCUUAAUCUCGAAUACAAUAACUUUGGUGGCAUAAUCCCUGAUUGCUUUACCGCCCUGACUCAACUAAGCACGUUGAAUUUGAGAGGGAACCAAUUACAUGGUGAAAUUCCUGCUAAAUUCAGAGAAGGUUGCAGCUUGGAAACUCUCGAAUUGAAUGAGAAUUUUCUUGAAGGAAGGAUACCUCGAUCACUUGCCCACUGCAAAGCAUUAAAAGUAUUGGAUCUUGGAAAUAAUCAAUUGAAUGACACAUUUCCUUGUCAUUUGAACGGCUUAUCUAACUUGCAAGUUCUCAUCCUUCAUUCCAACAAGCUCCAUGGAACUAUUGUUUGUCCACAGAGUCACUCAAUAUGGCCAUUACUUCAAAUAAUGGACGUAUCUUCCAAUCACUUUAUCGGUGAACUGAAAGCCCAAAGUCUUUUUAAUUGGCCAUUGAUGAUGGCUGGAGUAACUAAAGAGCAAUCAGAACCAAGCUUUAUACAAACCUCUUUUUCAGGUGGUGCUAAAUACUAUCAAAAUUCAAUUUCACUCAACUUUAAAGGUAAUUCCUAUCAGUUGCAAUAUAUCCUAACAAUCUUCACUAGCAUUGAUUUCUCCAACAAUGCUUUUCAUGGUGAGCUGCCAGAAGAGUUGGGAAAUUUGAAUGCUCUUGUAGUUCUCAACCUCUCUUACAACUCUUUCUCCGGCCAUAUUCCAUCAUCACUUGGGAAUUUGAGCCAGAUUGAGUCAUUGGAUCUCUCUUGGAAUAACUUGAGUGGGAAGAUACCUGCGCAACUUGCGAACUUGAAUUUCCUAGAGUACUUGGACCUAUCCUUCAACAAGUUGUCGGGAAAGAUCCCAACAGGCCCUCAACUUCAAACAUUCAAAGCAUCUUCAUAUGAAGGCAACCAAGGACUCUACGGUCCACCAUUGACAGCAAAAGAUCCAACAGUGACUCCACCUACUUCUUCAGAGGGAUCAAAUUGGAGUUCAAAGAGCGAACAAGAGUGGAUGUUAAGGGGUGCUGAAGUUGGGUUUCCGGUUGGGAUUACCGUCUUUGUAGGGCCUAUCCUUUACAUCAAAAGGUAUAGGGAAUGGUAUUGCAAACAUCUUCACAUACUGAUCAUGAAAAUCCUACGAAAGGAAGAUAAUAUUACAAGGGCAAGGAGGAGGAGAAGGAGGAACCAACAAAGGCAGAGACACUAGACCCAUAGAAAUCAAGUAGAAGUCAAUCAAGGGUGUUGCUGUGUUCGAUCCUGCUGUGGAUGACAAAUAAUGUAAUGUGUUGAAUUAAAGAUUUUACGCAUGUAUAGUGAAAUAAUGAAUCAUAGUAAUUAGUAUAGUUUGUAAGACUUUAAAAAUUGUGUAAGUAUCAAGGUAUGACACUUUUUAAUAACAGUUG